CAGAUACACUAGAGGGGUAUUUCCAAACUGUAAAUGGCAGUAAGAGAGGGUAAUCUGAACCGUCAACUGAAAAAAACGGUCAGAGAGAAAUGUCGCAGUCAUGGACCGGGGUCAUGUUUCAUCAACCGAGUUCACAAGUUCAGCAACAGUCCUAUCCAAUAAGCACAAGAUGAGGGCGUGGGGAAGUAAUGUUUACGUGCAACUCGCUGAGAAGUGGGACAGAGUGCAAACUGCACCUGUCACACGGUCAGUUAUAGAUGCAAGCUGGCCCUCCAAUGAGCCACUGCAAGACAGUGUACAGGAAGACUACAGUAAGAGCUGCCAUGCUGAGAAGAGGUAGAAACGGCCAGGCUCGGCAUUUGGCCUGGAGCGAAAUACGGCAAGAGACAGAUGCCAUGGCAGUGAUCCAGAUGCCGGACAGAGACGAGUGGGAAGGCCAGACGACAACACAGAUCAGCAACGUGGAGCCUGAGGUGGAUUACCUGGCGAGUUCCCAGAGUGUCUCCGAGGUGGUGGCAUUGCCCAUCACAGUGCCGGUGAUAGGGGAGUCCUUCUGCCAGUGUGACCGACAGGAAGAGCUCAGCCCAGGAUUCACUCUUAUCAAUGACUGCCUUUGUGGGGAGGAGGACCAGGGUUUUGACUGGGUAUGGGAUGACCACUUCAAGUCCUCCGGAGCUUUCCUCAGCUGUGACAGCAGGAAAGUGAGCUUUCACUCAGACUACAGCUGUGGCACAGCGGCCAUCCGUGGCACCAAGGAGCUGGCAGACGGCCAACACUUCUGGGAAGUCAAGAUGACCUCUCCUGUCUAUGGAACCGAUAUGAUGGUGGGAAUUGGAACUUCAGAGGUGAACUUGGAGAAGUUCAAAUACAGCUUUGGCAGCCUGCUGGGACAUGAUGAAGACAGUUGGGGGCUCUCCUACACAGGUCUCCUCCAGCACAAAGGCGACAAAGUGAAGUUCUCCUCUCGAUUUGGGCAAGGCUCCAUCAUAGGAGUGCACCUGGACACCUGGCAUGGUACCCUGACCUUCUACAAAAAUCGGCACUGCAUAGGUGUCGCUGCCACGAGGCUGCAGAACAAGAAGCUCUACCCCAUGGUGUGCUCCACAGCAGCCAAGAGCAGUAUGAAGGUGAUCCGUGCCUGCCACACACCCACCUCCUUGCAGUACCUUUGUUGCACGCGUCUCCGCCAAAUGUUGCCCCGCUGCCCAGACAUACUUAGUGCUCUGGAGCUGCCCCCAGGCCUGCGCACCCACCUCCACACACAGCUGGGCUGGUUUUUCACCCUCAGCAUCAGCCCUGAAGUCUCAGAUGAACAGCACAGGGACUUGCUUGAGGACUUCCAUGAGGAGAUGAGCCUACCUUCCAGCCCCAGCCCCAGCCGCAGCUCCAGCCCCAUCCCGAGCCCCGUAUCCACCCUGAGUGCCUGCGCCUCCCCGAGCCCCUGCACCAGUCCGUUUCCCGACACGGUCCCAUACCAGUGCUCCUGUCAGACAUCAACUCCGACUCAACCCUGCACUUGUAAUUGUCCCCCAACUCCUCCCAGCAGCGACUAUGAUAGCUGCUGCUCUGAGCCGGAGGAUUACCAAUGCAAAAGAUGCCGCUGGACAUGACCUAGAAAUUAAAAACGUAUUUGUAAGUAUUCAGCACACAGCUAAUCUACCAUUGCCAUCAGUGUCUCCUGUUGGAAAUCAUGGAAAAAAGAGCAAUCUCGUGUUUUAGCGAAUAUUUGAGUGGAUAUUUGGUUGGAUUGUUGCUUCUCUUUUUUAUCUAGCAAGGACUGAGUCUGUAGUGUGUGAGACAUUUAAUGCAGUUGAGAUAAUAGAGUGACAUUGGGCUCAUUCACUCUCAUUUUAGCCAAUUUUUACCAUGGGGCUAAUAAGGGCCAUUUGUAUUGCUCUGACUUUUUUGUUUCCUUUUUAAAACACACCAGUCACUGUCUUUGGAAGGCCUAAUAUUUGCCACAUUAGACUAAAAAAAAAGAAAAAGAAAAAUACACACCACACACUGGCUUGUGAAAGUGCACACUUGUCAUUCUCAGGGAUAGACUCCAGGGAGGAAAGGGGUUGCUUUUUGAUACUAUGGAAAUAACUUUUUGGAAAUGUGUUUUGUAAUCAGCUUUUGUCUUAAAUAUCAACAGCUAUUGUGUUCUUGCUUAAAAGAGGAUUUGCUACUCGUCUGUGUUUUUUUCUUUGUACAUUUAUGCUUUGUUUAUGAACUUUCUUACUCAGGCAAUUCUAUAAAAUAAAAAAAGAAAAGUUCUA